UUAAUUCCCUAUAGUCCGAUAUAAUUCACUUGUUUGGGUUAAUCCGAAUUUCAAUAUAUCUUUAAUCUUUCGUACAUUAGUUAAUCCACGACAAGAAUAUAUGUGAUUUUAAACUAACGUGUGUUACUGGGAUUUUGUUUGUUUGUGAUAGUGUAUUUUGCAUUUUGUUAAACGUUACCUUUACUAAAACUAGGUCCAGUGACGUUAACGUUGUAAAGAUGUGGGAGUGAUAAAAAGACGUUACGUAAAGUUGUUGUGAUUUGGUGAUGACCAAAAACAGAAAUGAAAUUUUUUGAAAAACAGAUAUGAUUUAUAAAAGAAAUGGACACCUCUCUUUCUUAAUAUUCGCUUUCGUGUUUCAUUUGGCAUUCGUGAACGUCUCGGCACAGCUCAACACAACAGCAUCUAAUUCAACAAGUACUGAGGUGACAGAGUCAGCCAAUAAUGCAUUAUGGUUGAUUGUGGGUGUAAUAUGUGCGGUGGUACUCGUCCUCGCUAUCAUUGCUGUUGCAGGAAUUGCUUAUGCUACACACCGAAGUAAACGUAUACAUCCACAUUCAGAUACAGAAACUAUAUACACAGAAUCAGAGUCGGGUACAUACACUAGACCAACUACAGCUUCACAUAUCAAACUAGAACAAGAAGAAGAAGAGGAGGCCAUGUCAAAACCUGUUACCAUGACACCGUUUGAACUCAGGAAGUUGUAUAUAGAAACCUUCCCUUACAGAAAUUGGAGAAGAGGGUACGACGGGUCACUGAGACCAAAAAUGUCCUUAAAGUUUGUUGAUCCGAGAAUAUACUCAAAAUCGAAAGGAGAUGAGCGACACUUUCGAGAAAAGAUCUAUAACUACGAGAAUUCGGAUACUUUGACGCUGCGGUCGUCGGCAUUAUCUAGAAUGAUGCAUCAUACAAGAAUGCCGACGAUGUCCGAAAUGGAUGUCCUGCCGGAAGGACAUUUCCCGCCAAUAGAUCACGAGUUAGAAUAUGAACAAGACCAAAUUCAACAACAAUGCUAUGAGCAUCUUCAUGACAAGGAACAAAACCAUGUAAGUUACAAAGAGCGUCUACCGAACCGGGAACAUAACCACGUGAGCUACCAAGAACGUCUACAAAAUCAGGAAAAAGGCCGUGCGAGACAAGGUCCGUCGUCUGAGCCAGAAUUUGAAAGAGUAUGUAUGAGAAGCGAUGAUGUUGAGCUGAUGUGAUUCCAACUAGUCAUUUAAUCCAUUGGACAUUUGAACCUCGAAAUAUGUUUUGUUUUCGUAUUACUUGCGUAUAUUAUUUUACCAUUAUUUGCAUAUCUGCAUUGAAUUUGUAUUUCUUUUCGGAUACCCUCUUUUAGUGAAUAGAAUGUAUCAAACUAUAUUCUUACACUCACGUGAUUUUGUGACUAUAGACAAAGAAGGAAAAAAACUGGUGUUAAACUGCCAAUAAACACCGGUUAGGGACUACUUGUAUAUGCGCUGUUAUGUUUUCACCCUCGAUUCUAUAGUUUACAAAGCAUUUUAAAGCAACAAUAAAAAGCAUUUUUAUUUAUAUUUUCAGUUCGUAUAAUGUUUUCUUUUCAUACAAUACCGAAAUAAUAUCUCACAUACACUAACGCCACAUAUUAGAGAUGCAUAUCAGUUAAUAAAUAGUUUGACAAAACGGCGCCAAUCCGUAAGCAGCGUAAUGACGUCAUCCUAAGUAAACAACUCAUUCAUAAACAAGCUGACGUUAUUUCAUACAUACAAGAAUUAUAAAUGGGGCACUGAUGUAAACACAAUACGACGUAAGUUUUUAUUGUUGAAAACUUGAUAAAAUAACGUUUUUUUCUUAUCAUUUCUUUUGAUCGAUAAUUUCUAUAUCUUCGCAACAGUGGGGUGCGAAAAUCGAACAGCGUUAUACGAAAAUCGGUACCGGAAGUUAUUUCCGCUUGAAAAAUAACAUUAGUGAUUUUCCUUAUUUUAUCGUGUUAGAAUCGAAAUAACAUCGGUCUGAGAGGUGUAUAUUGGCUAUUUAACACCGGUUUUGUCGUUUUGAUGCGACAAAAUUAACCACUCAGGCCUACGGCCUUCGUGGUCAAUUCCUACGCAUCCAAACUCCAAACCGGUGUUAAAUAGCCGAUAUACACCUCUCAGGCCGAUGUUAUUUCU